AGUUAUAAAAGUUUAUAAUUUGCUUAAAAUGGACGGCAACGCCUACCUACAAAGCGCCUACCACGUUGCAAUAGUGCCGACAGAUCUGCAUCAUGAGGCGACCAUAAUCAAAGCAGCCCAGUCUCUGGACUGUCUACACAAAACAAUAAAUUCUAUUUUCGAGCGGAUUGAUGCCCGCCUCGAGAGAAAUGGUGCCAAGGUCCAGGACAUAAACAGGCGUGUGAAGCGGGCCCAGGGGAAAAUAGAUGCACUGGUCGGGUCCAAACGAGCCAUCAAAAUCUUCGCUCCGGCCCGAUUUCCAGCCGGGGACGUUUUGGUCCACAUACCUUCCACCUUUCCACAGGUGGCCGGCCAACUAAUGGCGGAGAAUCAAGAAAGUCCAAACGGUCGACAGGAACAGACGGUAUUAGUGGCAGAUGAAGAUCCGACUUCCUUUCAUGUGCGAGGCGAGCAGGAACAUGAAGCGCCGUUGGUCGCGGAAAGGAAGAUGACUAAUCGGACUUCUGGUUUGGGUGGUCUUCCCUCAAAUGGCGUCAGAUCGGUCCCUUCGUUGAUGCGCUUCAACACCAACGAGUUUGCCUACGGCGAUGAUUUAAACGCCUGGAAGCGUUCUCUUCCCCCGCAGAGGACACGACGGGCAGCCAGCCAAAGUAAGAUCACUACGGAGAACCUACUAGCUCCGGCUCCACAUUCACUGGCACAUGGCACCACCAAGUUGGCGACUCCCGCCGGUGACUUGCGGUACAAUCCAGCUGCUUUGGCGGCCCCAGCCAUCGAUGUGCCCUUGGACUUGCCCGACCUUCCUGGCAUAGCCAGCGACCUGCAAUAUGAGCCCGUGGAAGAGAAGACGCCCAUUGCUCCGUCCCAGCAGUUUGGAGAGCUGCCAGAGUUGCCUGGAUUGGAGGUUGAACAGGAGAUCACAGUGCAGGCUCUGGCAGCUCGCACGCACAUUCCAGCGCCAGUGAAGAAGACAUUACGUGGAUCAAUUGGAUCAGUUCCCGUAUCGACCCCACCACCACCACCACCUCCACCACCCCCGCCUCCGCCGACUCCACUGCCUCCCAAAAGAGCGGCACCGCCUCCAACCUUGCCCACUCGAGGCCCCAUCAAACCCCUCUCUCCUUCUCGUGAAACGCCUCUUAUCAUGCCACCGCCUCCACCACCGACGGCUGAUCCACGAUCAGAGCUUAUGGCUGCCAUACGGAAUGCUGGAGGAGCACUGGGCGGACGACUCCAUUCAGCUGCGGCUGCACCACUCGAUGUGGUGGACACGACGAGAUCCAAAGCAGGAACCACAGCCACGGGUGAUCUUAUGGCGGAUCUCCACAACAAGCUCCUACUCAGACGCAAAGGCAUCUCGGGCAGUCAGAAUCCCGCAGAUCCAACCGCUGGAAAUCCGCUCAUGCAGCAGCUGUCCAAGGUGAUACCGCAGAGAAAGUCCCCUCAGUCCAGCGAUGAAGAGCCGUCUGAAGAGGACGUGGAUGCGUGGACGUAAUUAAAUUAGACGGACAUUCUUUUGCAUCAGGUUCACGUGCCUACCACGGCUUUAAACACUAGCAUCAAAUUUACCUCUUUUUGGAAAGCAAGCAAGCAUGCAAAAAUUAGCAAAGUUUACAAAUUUCAAUAAAAUAAAAAAAUAGUAUCC